AAAAUUGCUGUUUAGAGAGAAGUCACUGACAAUUUUGCGACAGGAAGGUGUCAUUUUACGGCUCUCUCUAUUCAUUUGUACGGUAUCAGCAAACGUUGAUUUACUGUCGUAACACGCUAAACGCGAUUUAUUAUCAGAGAUCUUCUAUGCCUUUAUACCAGCUUAUGCGAAUUUACCAUGAAGAGAGCGUAACGGUCAUCUAGCGUGUUACGAUCGUAAGUCACUGUUUGCGGAUGCCUAACAAAUGAAUGGGGAGAGCCGUAAACUGACACGUAUCUGUCGUACAUUUUCCGUAUCUACUCUUUUAAAACAGCAAUUUUAUCGUAGUAAACUCCACACAUAGUUCAUUCCAAAUGGAGUGUUUAUGUUAAAACAUGUUGAAGCUUAGCGGACAGACGGUCAGUUCAUUAAGUGAUGAGCUGUUUCCUCACGGCAAUGAAGCUGAUUCUGAAAAGCAUCUCCUCCAUAGACAUAUAUUUAAAAAACGGCCUCUUGUCUCUUCGCCAGUUUACCGCCAGGUAAACUGCUUUCCUAACCUUGUAGGUUAAAAACUCUGGUUGGUCGAUUAUAGUCGCAUGGUGAUGACGUUACACGAACGCGAGCUUUAUUAUUUGCUCAUUUUGGCUUGUACUGUGUUCAGGCUCAUUUUAAUUUACACAUAAUGAGUAAAAAAGGUAAUGUAUCAUGGGUGAAACCAGCCGAGCCAUCGUUUUUGAAGAAGUUCAAGAAUGAUGUUGGUUUUAAAGAGGGGCCGACAGUGGAGACUAAAAAAGAGCAGAUGCCGCAGUGUGAUGAUGACAGUGGUGACAGUGAUCGGGAGGAUGAAAUGCCCCAAGUUGUGGUCCUGGAAAAGGGAGAUUUGAGUGCUGAAGAUGUUGUAAAUCUAAAAAAAGAUACGAAGGGUUCCAAGACAGAUGAUCAGCCUCCCCUGGAUGGAAAGAUUGUCUUUAAGAAGCCUGUCAAACGCUCCUCUGAUAAAUUCGAAGGCAUUACUGCCAGCUCUAGCAAGAAGAAGAAAAAUGAGGAUGGUGAGAAGAAAGAGCCAAAGGCAGGUGUGAAAGUAAAGAACAACAGUCUAUUGUCUUUCGGUGGUGAUGAUGAUGAGGAGGAGGAAGACUAGUAGCAUCUCUGGGUCAGACUAUUUCUCGGACUGAUCCUUGCAUUGAGCAGUCUGCUCUUUUAAAAAUGUAUUUCCUUGUAUCUGAAUAGAUGUGUUGUGUGAGGGUGAUCAAAUCCAUGUAAGGUUUAAUUUUUACGAUAUAAUUUUCAAAAAGAGUCAUUAUGAGCCUCUGCAGGAGCAUCUUCAACAGCAAAUAGUAGGAAGUAACAAUAUAGAAUUCCAUUUUGAUCAUCAUGAUAGUCAUUGAUGACAUUUUUGAGAGAAUUUGUGACAAACCUGUUCAACCAAGAAAAGCAAAAGCAAGACAAAAGAACAAUCAGAAAUGCUAAUUUGAUGGAAUUAAUACUAUAGAGGUUGACAUGACUAUAAAAUAUUGUUUUGUUGAAAUGAUCCUGCUGUGAGCUCAUUAGAUGUACAUAUAUGGCUUCUAUUAAGGAGCUGUGAAUGUUUUCCACUUUAUUGCUGUUGUUUUUAGGUUUUUGUAUCUUCUAAAUCCCAGAUUCUGGGACUUUUGGAUUUGUAUUGUACUACUCAUUGUCACAUUAUGGGAAAGGGCUUAUCUGAAUUCUGUAAUAAAAUGUUUUUUCCCCCCAUUUGUCAA